AUGUCUACUGAUCUUUCGAUUUCGUCGCUGUACAACAUCAAGGGGAAGAUUGCCCUGGUCACCGGAGGAGGCUCUGGCAUCGGCAAAAUGAUUGCGGAGGGACUCGCGAAGAAUGGCGCCAAAGUGUACAUUGCGGCGAGAAAGGAGGCACAAUUGAAGGCGGCGGCCGAGGAGAUCAACAAGACGUCUGCUGGGAAGGUGGACUACAUCGUCGCCAACAUUGCAUCGAAAGCCGGGGUUGACGCCCUCAUAGCCGAGUUCAGAAAGCGCGAAUCUAAGCUGCACAUUCUUGUGAACAAUUCCGGAAUCACCUGGGGGGCCCCCUUCGACAAUUUCCCCGAGGCGAAGGGCUGGGACAACAUCUUUGCUGUCAAUGUCAAGAGUAUCUUCUACAUGACCUCUGGGUUGGUCGAUCUACUGGAGAAGGAUUCGACGAAUGCCGACCCCGCGCGUGUUAUAAACAUCUCGUCCGUCGCCGGUAUUGAGGCAGAGAGUGAAGGCAGUCUCAGCGAUGCGGGUAACGGUGUCUGGAGUUACAACACUAGCAAAGCAGCUGUCAACCAUCUCACAUCGCAGCUCGCCAUCACGCUCGUUCGUCGCCAUAUAAAUGUCAACGCCAUCCUUCCCGGACUUUUCCCCAGCAAAAUGACGGCCUUCGGGUUCAAGACUGUUGGAAGUGACAACUUUGCUGCCUCGCAGCCGACGGGCCGCUAUGGUCAUACGGAGGACAUGGCUGGCACGGCUUUGUUCCUUGUGUCUCCCGCUUCGGCACAUGUCACUGGUAACCACAUUAUCCUUGAUGGUGGAUCGCGGUUGCUGGCGCAGAGGGUCACCGGCCAGGUCAAGCUCUGA